AUGUACAUUGCAGCUGUCCUGAGGAGAGUUAUAGAGAAUCAUAAAGCCAGUCUGAAGAGGAGGUUUGAGUACAUAUCUGAAGGCAUCAUCAAACCAGGAGCUGAGACACUCCUCAAUAAGAUCUACACAGAGCUCUACAUCACAGAGGGAGAGAGUGAAGGGGUGAAUAAGGAACAUGAGGUUUGGCAGGUAGAGUUAGUAUCCAGAGCACAAACCACAGAAGACACACCUAUCAACUGCAAUGACAUCUUCAAGCCCUUACCUGGACAGGAGAAGAACAUCAGAACUGUGAUGACCAAAGGUGUUGCUGGCAUUGGAAAAACAGUUUCAGUGCAGAAGUUCAUUCUUGAUUGGAUAGAUGGGGUAGCCAAUCAGAAUGUAGACUUUAUAUUUCCCCUUCCUUUCCGUGAGCUGAAUUUGGUCAGGAGUGAUCAUUAUAGUCUUCACAAGCUCCUGCUUGACUUCCAUCCUGAGCUGAAGGAACUGAAGGAUGGUGAAGAAUACAAAGACUGUCAGGUUGUGUUCAUCUUUGAUGGUUUGGAUGAGAGUCGAUUACCUCUGAAUUUCCAACAGAACAUGAUAUCUGAUUUAAAACAAACAUCAUCAGUGGAUGUUCUGAUGACAAGCCUCAUUCAGGGAACUCUGCUUCACUCUGCACACAUCUGGAUAACCUCACGACCAGCAGCAACCAGUCAAAUUCCUGUUCAGUGCAUUGAUCAGGUGACAGAAGUACGAGGGUUUAAUGACCCACAGAAGGAACAGUACUUCAGGAAGAGAAUCAGUGAUGAGAGUCAGGCCAGCAGAAUCAUCUCACACAUUAAGACAUCCAGGAGUCUCCACAUCAUGUGCCACAUUCCAGUCUUCUGUUGGAUUGCAGCCACUGUACUUCUGCUGUACAAGACGAAAGACAUUCCCAAAACCCUGACUGAGAUGUUCAUACACUUCUUGCUCAUCCAGACCAGAAGAAAGGAUCAGAAGUAUCAGAGUGGAACUGGGACAGAUGAAGAGAAACUUUUAAAAUCUCAGAAGGAUAUUUUACUGAAGCUUGGCGAACUGGCUUUCAAUAAUCUAGAGAAUGGCAAUCUGAUGUUUUACAAGGAAGAUCUGAAAGAGUGUGGCAUUGAUGUCAGUGAAGCCUCAGUGUACUCUGGCAUGUGCACUGAAAUAUUUAAGGAAGAAUCUGUGUUUCACCAGAGGAAGGUCUACUGCUUUGUGCAUCUGAGCAUCCAGGAGUUUCUGGGAGCUGUGUUUGUGUUUCACUCUUAUGUGACUGAGAACCUCAAGACACUGAAAUCCCUCCUAAGUGAAGAACAUGAACCCAUGCUGGGCUUACAAUCUAAUGACCAUCUACAUGUGUUACUUAAGAGUGCAGUGGAUGAGGCUUUGAAGAGCAGGAAUGGACAUCUGGAUCUUUUCCUUCGCUUCCUUAUGGGCAUCUCUCUGGAGAGCAAUCAGAGACUUUUGAAAGGUCUACUGAUCCACAAACACAGCACCUCAAAGAGUGUCAAGGAAACAUGUCAAUACAUUAAGAAGCUCAACAGGGAAGAUCUCUCUCCUGAACGAUGCAUCAAUCUUUUCCACUGCUUAUUUGAAAUGAACGAUCAUUCCAUGCACACAGAAAUAAAAAAAUAUCUGGAGUCACCAAAGAACAUCAAACAGAAAUUGUCUCCUGCCCAUUGUUCAGCACUGGCCCACAUACUUCUGAUGUCUGAGGAGGUGCUGGAUGAGUUUGACCUGAAGAAAUACAACACAUCAGAUGAGGGACGCAGGAGAUUGCUCCCUGCUGUAAGAUGCUACAGAAAGGCACGACUUGCUGAAUGCAAACUCACAGAUAAGUCCUUUGGAAUUUUGGCUACUGUUCUACAGUCACCAAACUCCCUGACAGAGCUGGACCUGUGUAACAGUGACCUGGGAGAUUCUGGAUUUCAGCUUCUCUCUAACGGACUGUCCAGUCCCCACUGCAAACUGCAGACAUUAAGACUUGCUGAAUGCACUCUCACAUAUAAGUCCUGUGGAAUUGUGGCUACUGUUCUACAGUCACCAAACUCCCUGACAGAGCUGGAUCUGAGUAACAAUGUCCUGGGAGAUUCUGGAAUUCAGCUUCUCUCUAACGGAAUGUUCAGUCCUCACUGCAAACUGCAGACAUUAAGACUUUCUGAAUACACACUCACAGAUAAGUCCUGUGGAAUUGUGGCUACUGUUCUACAGUCACCAAACACCCUGAUAGAGCUGGAUCUGAGUAACAAUGACCUGGGAGAUUCUGGAAUUCAGCUUCUUUCUAACGGACUGUCUAGUCCCCACUGCAAACUGCAGACAUUAAGGCUCUCUGAUUGUCUCAUCUCAGAAAAGGGUUGUUUUUGUCUGGCUUCAGCUCUUUCUUCAAACCCCUCCCACCUAAAAGAGCUGGAUCUGAGCUACAAUCAUCCCGGAGAAUCAGGACUGGAGCUGUUAUCUGAUAGGCUGGAGGAUCCUGUCUGUAAACUGGAGAAGCUUAAUUUGGAUCACGGUGGUGAAGGCAGAGUACUUUUUGGUCCACAUAAAUAUGCCUGUGAGCUCACACUGAACCCAAACACAGCAGACACACGUCUCUCUCUCUCUGAGGGGAACAGAAAGGUGACACGUGUGAGAAAGGAGCAGCUGUAUCCUGACCACCCAGAGAGAUUUGACGGGUGGGAUCAGGUGUUGUGUAGAGAGGGUCUGUCUAGACGCUGCUACUGGGAGGCUGAGUGGAGUGGGGGUGCGGCUACUGUAGGAGUGGCGUAUAAAAGCCUCCAGAGGAAAGGAGAGAGUAAUGACAGUGCACUGGGAUAUAAUGACAAGUCAUGGAGUCUGUUCUGCUCCUCUGGCAAUUACUCUGCUUGGCAUAUUUUUAAACACACUUUCAUACCUGUCCCCUCCUCCCGCUCCAGAAGAGUAGGAGUGUACCUGGACUGGCCGGCUGGCACUCUGUGCUUCUACAGCGUCUCCUCUGACACACUUACCCACCUGCACACGUUCCACUCCACAUUCACUGAGCCCCUCUAUCCUGGGUUUUGGGUUUAUUCUGACUCCUCAGUGUCCCUGUGCCAGAUCACAUGA